AGGGAGGGCGCGCAAGCACGUCGUUGACGUCGUUCGAGGUCGAGACUCGAGAACGGAGCAAGCGUCAAUCGCUUCGAAAAGCGUCGGCAGGGUCGACAGUGUCGGCACUGGUCAGCACGGGCGACUGGGGCAACUGGGGGAAGGGAAAGUGGAGUCUUGAAAAGCUGGUAGUGGUGGCGACGACGACGACGACGACGACGACGAUGCGAAUCCGAAUGGUGCAGAAUGGUGCGAUGGUGGGAACUCUCUCGGUCUAAGAUGGCGUAGCGUUCUGCUACGACGCUAACGACGCAUGAGUAUCGGCGAGGUGAGUAGAGCUGAACAUCAAGAACGAUAACGACGAGGUCGUCUCCCGGGUGGAGUAACCGGCUGGCUGAUUUUCCCACGCACCUCGCAGUGUUUCUCUCCCUCUUGGCUGUUACAUGUUAAUAUUGUACGCUGUAUUUAUAGCGUUAACGGAAAUAGCUCGAGUACAUGUAACACACCGCGAAAAUGAGUUUACCCUGCGACUGGCAGACCAGCAAGCAGAAACUGUCGGAGCGUGGCCAGCAUCUGCUGGAGACUGGACAAUGGUCUGACUGUAAUUUCAUUGUCGGCCAGGAACCCCAGCAACAGACUCUCAAGGGUCAUAAACUGUUCCUGGCCAUGUCCAGUCCGGUCUUCGAAGCUAUGUUUUUUGGUGGUAUGGCGGAGAAAAAUGAUCCGAUACCAAUAAGGGAUGUUCAGCCUGAGGCAUUCAAGGCCCUACUAGAGUAUAUAUAUACGGAUAAAGUUGAACUUGGUUCCUUCGAAUUGGCCUGCGAGUUAUGUUACUGCGCCAAAAAAUACAUGCUGCCAUCCUUGGUAGAAGAGUGUACAAAAUAUCUGUGGUGUGAUCUCUCACCGAAGAAAGCAUGCAGAGCAUACGAGUUUGCCAAGCUUUUUGAGGAACCUGUCUUAAUGGAGAAAUGUCUACAAAUCAUACGCACCAAGACGGAUCAAGUGUUGAAGGAAGCCAGCUGGGAAGAUGUAGAGCUAGGGACUCUUCUUAAAGUUUUGGAGCAGGACGAUUUGCAGAUCAGCUCGGAGAUAGAAUUAUUUACUGCGAUGGAGCGAUGGGCUAAAUCGGAAUGCUCUAGAAAGUCUCUUGACCCAACCAAUGAAAAAUGUCUGAAAUCUGUCAUUGGAAAUGCCCUCUUAAAGAUAAGAUUUCUGAGCUUGACACCACAAGAAUUUGCAGAAGGUCCCGGCUUGUCUCCUUUGCUUACAAAAGAUGAGGCUUUCGCUAUACUGAUGAAUAUCCUGUGUACUGGCAAUAAAACUAUAAUGCCUAUGCCCGAAGGUUUUUGCACGAAUUCAAAUAGCAGAGCAAAACCAGUCAAGACUCACUCCACGAAUCUUGGACAAUCUAUGGGAGUGUUUCCUGUAAUAAAUAUGAUGACUUCGAGACAUAUUUUUCCUCCGUACGGCAAUUUAAAUAUUCCUGUACGUUCUGGCUUUCUAAAUGAUGGAGAAUCUAGCAGCAGUACGAUGCGGAACACAUCGCCGAUACUAGUGGAUGCGAGCAUAAAUAAAGACUCUGGAAACUUGCCCAAUACUUCUUCCACGGGAGUAGUUGUUCGCGAGGGACCAAAGUAUUAUUGUCUCAGAUCGGUAGUUCAGCAAACGGAUUGCUUGAAUACGAACGUGUUGGACUGUUCCGUCACAUUCAGUGUAGAUAAAAAUAUUUGUGUGGUGGGUGUACAGGUUCCUACGCAAAUCGCGGCGGCGAGUAAUUUCACUCACGCUAUAGAUGCCGAUUCGUCUUAUACUGAAAUUUUAUACGCCCAUCUCCUCGAUUGUGACGGUACCAGAUUAACGUAUACACAUUUCACUACUAAAGCGAAUUUUGGUACUCUCGUGGAAAUCACUUUCAAUCGACCAGUUUACAUUCAAAAGCACAAGGUUUAUCGAGUUGGCGUCGUAUUUAAUAAGGCUGGAUGGUAUCCAGUAGGAGUUUGCGCCCAAAACAUGUCCUGUGAUUCUGUGUUCUUCUCGUUCGGUGUGGGCAAUACUGCACAUGCAGUUCGUGAUGGUCUUAUUCGAUCCAUAGUUUUCACAUAUCAUUAACACAACGAAACAGGUGACAGAUAAAAAAUAGCAUACCUAAGGUAGUUGACCCAUUAAUUGUCAGGGUAUCAGUAAUCGCCAUGUUUACAUAUUAAAGACAUACUUUAGUAUUUUCUAUUCAUCGUGCAGUUUGUUGAUAUUUUUAUUGGUUCCAACAAGGUAUUUACAAUGUUGUGUUACAUUAUGAAACUCGUAAGUAUAUGAAUUCACUACAGAUUAAAUCGAAUAUGUGCAGCAACCGAGUCGAUGCGUGAUUUUGACCAAAUGCUUCAUUGUGAGGUUAAGAGACAUCUCGUGUGAUUUGGAAUAUUGGCAACUUGCGUGAGGUAAAUUGAGCAUCAAAUUAUAAUUAAAUCAAAAUUGCAGUUUUACAUACACCAUCACAAAUUAUUGUUUCGUACAAAUUUCAUUUUUUUUUUCCGUGACGAGCACCGGUUCAUCGAAGCAUGUAGUCGUUCGAGUAAUCGCCACACCUGUUGAUGACUAAGACUAGAUGACCCGAAAAAAUUCUUGUAAAUAAAAUAAUAAUUUUAUCCAAAAUCCAAAUAGAAAAAUCAGAACCGUAAUUGUUAUUAUCUAGAGAUUUUACGGACCAGUAAUCGUCAUAGGCAUAGUCAAGUUAAUAAAUAGAUAUGCAAACAAAUAAAAAAUGUCGAUCACACUGGAUCAUUUCUAUGUCGAUAACUGGG